AUGUUGAGAGCGAGAGUAUCAGGGCGGGAGUCUUCAAUAUGCGCUUUCUGUCGACAUCGUCUUUCGCUACGGUCAGCGACCCCGCGGAUCGAAAAGUACUUUUCAAACACAACGAUUUUGAGAGGCGAUGACGGAUGGGGUAGCGGAUGGGGAGGUCAGGUUAAGUCUCAGACGGAGUCUAAGCCGGAUGACUUUCUCUCCCCGCAUGAACUCCUAGCACGCCAGCAGCUACUUACGAAACAGCAAACCCAGCAGGCUACCGAAGCCGCGAAGCCGAACCCAGCUAAUAAUGGCCCCCGGGCGAGAUAUAUAUGGAACGCACAAAAGCAAGAGGCGAUUGAGGAGAGUCUUCAUAGAGAUGGCAUGACUAUAAAUAAACCCCCCGUCCUCACGAGAGACACCAGACCCAGUGAGAACCGCGCAAGGCCGGGUGUAAUUCCUAGGCGUCCUUUAUCUUCGGGGUUCAAUUCAACCACCCCUAUUAUCCCCUUACCGGCCAACUUCCCUAAAACUUCAGGGCCUAAUUCAUCCCGUUCGUUGGAGUCUAACUAUUCUAGGAGGGAGGGAGACAGAGGGUCAAAUUCUAGACCUCUAGGAAACAUAAUAACGAAAAUAAAGUACGACUCCCAACCGAAUACUACAUUCAAAUGGGGACCAUUGCCGGGGGAAAAAUUCCUAUCUAUAUCUCGUGAUAAUGUGCCCGAGCCAUCACAGGCAACGAGCCAGGAGUCGGGAAUACCUAGUAAAGAGCAGAAUCAACAGCCGCCGACAGAACCGACGUCUCAAGCCGCCCCAGAUAAUACUAUUAAACCAUCUCCUAAACCGGGCAAUAAUUCAGGAUGGGGCUUAUUAGCAAGAAAGCAAACGCCUAGUAAAUCUGAUGGUGAGGACUUUUGGGCUGUUAUGAAUAAGAGUUCUGGUGGCUUUCUAGGGCCGAAGUCUCAGGAUCCAACGGCUCCAGAGCAAGCUUCGAAAUCGUCCGAUGACAAAAAUGAUUUAGAUUCGACGCAGCCUCCCAAAAAGGACCCUUGGGCUGCUAUGAAAAGUAACCCUGUUAUACAGGAGAAAUUAUCCGAUAUGGAUGACUGGGGGAAAGAAUUUGAUAAUGCGAGACCCAAAAGGAGAGCUAAGGCGGAAGAACCCUCGGUCGAAGAAGAUGAAGGGAAAAAAUCACAGGCUAUACCUGAAUUCAGUAUUAGUUUCCAGGGCCAAGAUCGAAACCGUGGCCGUGAUAAUCGAUUGGAUGGAUUUGACGGAUUCGAUGAGGAGAGGCGAGGCGGAGGUCGGGAUAGGCGUUCACGGCGCAGCUAUAGGCGCGGAAACGAUGGAGAUGAUGAGGGGGGCUUUGACUACGAUCAAUACCAAGAGAAGCGUCGACAAAAGGCACAACGUAGAGCUGACCGCGAAGCUGAAAUAGCCGGUUCCGUACCUAUCUUGCUGCCAGAAUUAAUCAGCAUCCCAGCAUUGGCUCAAGCGUUGAAAGUAGAACCCAACCUAUUCUUGACUCAACUUGGCGAGUUAGGUUUCGAGGGCGUAACACUGGACAGCCUUAUGGCAGGAGAGACAGCUGCACUUGUUGCGCAGGAAUAUGGCUACGAGCCGACAGUCGAUUCUGGUGCAGAACAUGACCUCAAACCUCGCCCUCCACCUGCAGAUCCAUCAGUUCUACCACUACGACCGCCGGUCGUGACAAUUAUGGGUCACGUUGAUCACGGAAAAACGACCUUGCUUGAUUAUCUGCGCAAAUCAUCUAUAGCAGCUCAGGAGCACGGCGGUAUCACGCAGCGAAUCGGUGCCUUCUCUGUGAAGCUCUCCUCUGGCAUGCCCAUCACCUUUCUUGACACCCCCGGACACGCUGCUUUCCUUACGAUGCGUCAACGAGGUGCCUACGUGACGGACAUUGUCGUCUUAGUCGUAGCCGCGGACGACAGUGUUAAGCCGCAGACUAUUGAGGCUAUUAAACAUGCACGCGCGGCCAAGGUGCCGAUGAUUGUGGCUAUAAGCAAAAUUGAUACGGAUGGUGCCCGUAUAGAUCAGGUUAAGCAUGAUCUUGCGCGUGAAGGAGUCGAGAUUGAAGACUUUGGUGGAGACGUCCAGGUUGUCUGCGUGAGUGGCAAGACGGGCCAGGGUAUGGAAGACUUGGAAGAGAACAUCCUUCUGCUCUCUGAAAUCUUGGACCAUCGAGCUGAAAUCGACGGUCCUGCAGAAGGUUGGGUUCUCGAGAGUAGCCUUAAGCCCUUAGGGAAAGCCGCCACCGUUCUCGUUAAGCGAGGUACUCUGAGACCGGGCGACUAUAUUGCUGCUGGUAUCACGUGGGCAAAGAUCCGACACCUGCGUAACGAGGCUGGUCUCGAAAUAGACGAGGCGCCGCCUGGCACUCCGGUCGAAAUCUUAGGUUGGAAAGAUCUUCCUGCUGCAGGCGACCAAGUUCUCCAGUCACCCGACGAGGGCCGCGCUAAAAUAGCGGUAGAGUACCGGGAGGGUCUUCUCGAGCGGGAGAAGGACGCCGUUGCUCAGGCAGGUAUAUCUGAGGCUCGCAAAGCACUCCAAGAAAAACGUGCUCGCGAGAAGGCUGCCGCAGCCGACGAAGCGGUUGUCGAACCCCUACCCGAAGAAGAUAACGGCCCGAAGAUAAUCAACUUCGUAGUCAAGGGCGAUCUCCACGGCUCCGUGGAAGCAGUAUGCGCCGCGAUCCAGGAACUAGGCAAUCACGAGGUGCAACCGCGGAUCCUACGGUCAGGCACGGGUCCCAUCCGCGAGUUCGAUGUAGAGCACGCGGCAGCAUCGAGUUCGGUGAUUGUUAACUUCGCAACGACGACGCCGGGAUACAUCGAACAGAUGGCGGAGGAGAAGGGCGUGAAGAUCAUGGAUCAUACCGUUAUUUAUCACCUAGUGGACGAUGUCAAGGCCACUCUAAGCAAGUAUCUAGAGCCUGAGAUCACUAGCCGCGUGCUAGGCGAAGCGGAGGUGCUGCAAGUCUUCCCGAUUAAUAUUAAGGGACGCACGUAUAAGAAUAUUGCCGGGUGUAGGGUGCGCAACGGGCAGGUGGCGAGGAAUAAUCUCUUCCGUAUUAUCAGGGGUGGGAAGAAGAUCUAUGGCGGCAAACUCGAAACCCUAAAGCAUCUCAAGAAGGACGUGGCGGAGGUGCGCAGGGGCACCGAGUGCGGUAUCGGCUUCGACGAGUUCCAGGACUUCCAGGUCGGCGACCAGAUUCAGGCUUAUGAGGAAGUUAGGACUGAGCGCAGCUUGUAG